AUGUCGCAGUCACCGUCGUCAGCUGCUGCUAUGGGCAUCAGCAGCAUGCUUCCCGCUGGUGCUAUGGGCACUGGCAGCAUGGGCAUUGGCAGCAUGCUUGACAACGGCACGGGCAUCGCACAGGACAUGACACCCGACCAACAGCAUCCUGGCCAAGACCAUCCGCAGCUCGUGAUGGAUCGGCCAAAUUCGCCCCACAGCUACGAAUACUCGGGCCCCAUAAACGCGUCCUACCCUUCACCUUCCACCAUCUCGCCCCACGGCUACGGCUCCGAACAGACGGGCCCCAUGAACGCUUCCUACCCUUCACCUUCCACCAUCUUGCCGCCCGUUCCCAAUGCCGACAUGCCAACUUCAGGCACAGGAGGCCACAAACUCGCUGAUGCCUCUCAGCCACCGCCGAGAGUUUACCCCUGUAGUACUUGCGGCAAAGGCUUUGUAAGGAAGAGUGAUCUUCAUCGUCAUGAACGAAUCCACAACGGCGUCCGGCCACAUGCCUGUGAUUAUCCUGGGUGCGGCAAGACGUUCAUUCAACGGACCGCCCUUACGGUACAUCUGCGCGUUCACACGGGCGAGAAGCCCCACCUGUGUGAGCACUGCGCCAAGCCUUUCAGCGACAGCAGCUCUCUUGCACGGCACCGUCGGACCCACUCGGGCACGCGGCCGUACAGAUGCCCUUAUGCCGAUUGCCAAAAAACCUUCACACGUAGCAAUACCCUCAGAAGGCACCUGACGCACCACACUGGCACUAUUGAGGAAGCCGAGCGCGCGAGAGAAGAGGCUUUGGCACGAGGCGCUGCUGCCGCCGCCGCCAGAUUUAAGCUGCGGUCGGAGGGUGAACAGGCGUCCAAUCACGGAUCGCUAAGCACAGAAUCGGCCGAGAUGAAUGUAAUGCAUAACAACUCUUUGAGCAACAACUCUUUGAGCAACAACGCUUUGAGUAACAACUCUUUGCUGCCUAAUCUUUGCGGGGAUGUCUACGCUGGUAGUCUCGCAUCGACGACAUCGUCGGGAUACUACACCGAGUCGCAGCCAACAUCUCAUCCCAGCGGAUACGGCCCCGCUCCUGCAACACUAGAGCCCAAUAGUGAACACCAACAAGGUCCAGGCGGUGCAGCCAGAAGCCCUCACCUUGGAAGCAUUGGAUCCGUUGGACGGGCGCCACCUGGUCCCGGAUCUCUAACCCACAGUCUUGGUGGCAACGGAUAUGUAUUUCCGGGCCCCGAUCUGGACCUCGAUCUGGUUGCGACAAGCUGGCUGGGUUCAGGCGCACGGGAUGGCCGUCAGGAGUGA